UUUUUAAUAAUUAUUUUUCCCCUUUUUCUUUUUCUUGUUAGUUGGUAAGGUUCGGACAAGAUCACGGCAGUCGGCUGAUGAACCAGAGAUUCAGAUCAAAGCUCCUCCGAUGUUCACUCUUGCCAAUAAUACACGCAUAGCAUCCCACUUUCCAAUCUUUCUUGGGGGAACAACCCAUCUCAUAAAGAUUCAAUCUUUACCAGAAAUACUCACUUAUUGUACAUACAUACAGACAAGUAUAUAGAUAUAGAGCGAGAAAGAGAUAGAUAUAUAGAGAGAGAAAUAUGAAGGAGCUUUUUGGGAGUCCAGGGAAAAAAAGUGGGCUGAUAUUAAGAACUGGGCAGUGUGUUUUUGCAGCUGCUUCAAUUGGGGUGAUGACCUCUGCUUCUGGCUUCUCUACUACUACUGCCUUCUGCUACUUAAUUGCAUCGAUGGGGCUACAGGUUUUGUGGAGCUUUGGACUAUUGUGCCUCGAUAUACAUGCUUUGAGGUUCAACCGAGACCUUCAUACUAACAUCAUUGUCAGCCUAUUUGUCGUCGGUGAUUGGGUGACUUCAACUCUAUCACUUGCAGCUGCCAGCUCAUCAGCCGGUGUAAUGGUCCUCUUCACGAGAGACACAAAUAUAUGCAUGGUAGAUACGAAUUUGUCGUGCGAUUUGUUUCAGAUAUCCAUUGCUUUUGCUUUCGCUUCUUGGUUUCUUCUCGCCAUUUCUUCGUACGUCAUGUUUUGGCUUGUCGCCUCCAUUUAAACACAGUUUCGUCUUCGAACAAACGAGCACGUACAUUUGCCUCGGGAUUCUCUAUGUGUAUAUAUAUAUUGUCAAUUUUUGAAGAGCUCUUAGAUAACACGCGUAGAAACUUCCAUUUGUAAACAUUAUGUAUGAGAUUCGAACGGUUCAUAUCGGGAUUUUUUUCAGUUCGUAUAUGAUUAAAAAAAGGGCAACUGCAUUGUUCGAUUUA